CAGAGACCUAAUUGUGCAUUUCUUGGACCGCAAUGAUUAGCGGGUAUGAAAGGAAUGGAGAGAAUGAUAUGGCAUUGAGCCUUUUCAGACGAAUGUGGGUUUCGAAUAUCAAGCCCACAUCAAGCACUUUCGCCUGUGUGGUGACAGUGUGUGCUAAAAUCUCGGAUUUGGGACUCGGUAGUCAACUUCAUGGGCAUGUUGUUAGGACUGGUUAUAAUUUUGAUACUUAUGUUUCAACUUCCUUGGUCACUCUGUAUGCAGAUUGCAAACAAGUUGAGGAGUCGAUGAAAGUAUUUUAUGAGAGUGCAGAUAGGAAUGUGGUCUCAUGGACCGCUAUUGUGACCGGUUAUGGUGUUAAUGGUCGACAUGAGGAUGCAUUGCACGAGUUUAGUAAGAUGGUUUCUUUUGGAAUAAGACCAAACCAAUCAACAUUCACCAGUGCGUUGAACUCCUGUUGUGGACUAGAAGCUCUGGAAAGGGGAAAGAAGAUUCAUGCUCGCACUAUUAAGCAGGGAUUGGACUUUGAUGUGUUUGUGGGCAAUUCUCUCAUCGUCUUGUAUUCGAGAUGCGGAGAUAUGAAUGAUGGUUUGAAGGUCUUCAGCCUUAUGGGCUUGAGGAAUAUUGUCUCUUGGAAUACGAUAGUAGUUGGAUGUGCUCAAAAUGGGUAUGGAUUGUUGGCGAUUAGGAUUUUUGAUGACAUGAUGGCAAGUUUUGUAGAACCUGAUAGCAUUACAUUUGUUGGUGUUUUGACUGCUUGCAGUCAUUGCAGAUUGCUUGAAAAGGGACGGCAUUUUUUCCAAAUGCUGAGAGAGAAUCCUGCAAUUGAUGUGAAGCUAGAGCACUAUGUUUGUAUGGUUGAUAUUUUGGGUCGAUCAGGAAACUUUGAAGAAGCUGAGGAGUUUAUAAGGAGUAUGCCGAUUAAGCCAAAUGCCACAGUUUGGUUGGCUUUGCUUAGUGCUUGUAGACUGCAUUCUAAUAUAGAAGUUGCGCAGAUGGCUGCACAAGAGAUUACCAAUUUAGACCCAUACAAUAGUGGAGCUUAUGUUUUAUUAUCAAACAUAUAUGCUUCUUGUGGAAGGUGGAAUGAUGUAUCACAAACUAGGGUGAUGAUGAGAUGCCGAGGAAUUGUGAAGAUUCCAGGAUCCAGUUGGAUCGUGCUAAAAGAAUCGAGACAUGAAUUUGUUUGUGGGGAUAGGUCUCAUCCAAUGACCAGUGAAAUAUAUGGAAAGCUCGAUUGGUUGGGUGGAAAACUAAAGGAGUAUGGUUAUGUUUGUGAUAAGAAUUUUGCGUUGCAUGAUGUAGAUGAUGAACAAAAGGAGUAUGCAUUGACAUAUCACAGUGAGAAGCUCGCUAUUGCCUUUGGACUUAUUGCAACUGUUGAUGGAAACACUGUUAGAGUUUUCAAGAACCUUCGUGUUUGUGGGGACUGUCAUUCUGCGAUAAAAUUGAUUUCAAAGAUUGUUGGUCGUGAGAUUGUAGUGCGAGAUUCAACUCGUUUUCAUCACUUUAGAGAUGGCUUCUGUUCUUGUGGUGAUUGGUGGUAGCUGUUGAAAUUUCAAUCUGAUGAGAAUGCAGGCCAAUUAAAAAGCAUGUGUAAAAGAUGCGUGUGGCAGAGAUAAGAAUGUUAUGUUGGAUGUGUGAAUAUACACUAAGAGAUAGGAUAAGAAAUGAGUACAUUCGUGAGAAUGUAGGAAUGUAGAACGUGCUCUUGCUGAGUAUAAAAUGACAAGGAUACGUUGAUAACUCUUUUGGUUGAAACGUGGCGGGAACUGAGCAGAAAGAUAACGUAGACCGGAGCAAAAUGAUAUCUAUCUUUAAGGAUAUGGAAGGAUCCCGAGUAAUGAUAAUGAAGGAUGUAUUUAGAGCUAGUUUCUGAGGGGAAAUUGUUUGGUUUGAACGUCUAGUACUUUUUGUCAAAAAUAUUCUUGCAUUGCCAACAAAGUGCUUUGGUGAAGGUCACUAUACGCAAAAUAGGGUCUGAUGAGGAUUUGUGAAGAGUGAACCAGUACUGAAGAAGCAAAGAAACCUUUAAUUUCAGCAACCGGAAGUCUUUGAGGCUUCGGGUAAUAACUAAUAUAUCUUGUUUUUCCUUUUCUCCCCCAUGUCUGUGGAGUUUUAUAUUAUAGUUAGACUGAAUUGUUGUUAAUUUUAACUGUGGAUAUGGCCCUAGAAGAUGAAUGUAGAAAAAUAUCUCAUGUAGCAGAGGCCAUAAGAUUUUAGAUAACAGAUUGGUUAUUGAUGUAU